AUGACCGCACCCAUUGUUGGCGGCCAAGUCCCCCGCCCCAAGGACGUCGGCAUCCUCGCCAUGGAAGUUUACUUUCCGCGCCGAUGCAUUUCGGAAAGUGAACUCGAGGUGUUUGAUGGCGUAUCACCUGGAAAGUACACCAUCGGAUUAGGCCAGGAAUAUAUGGCAUGGCCCGAUGACCGCGAAGACAUCAACUCUUUUGCACUCAAUGCCGUGGCCGGGUUACUCGAGAAAUUCAAUGUCGACCCAAAAUCAAUCGGCCGCCUCGACGUUGGCACCGAAACUAUCAUCGACAAGUCCAAGUCUGUAAAAACGACGCUUAUGGACCUCUUCGCAGAGUCCGGGAACUUUGACAUCGAAGGUAUCGAUUCAAAGAAUGCUUGCUAUGGCGGUACUGCUGCGCUCUUCAACGCUAUCAACUGGGUCGAAUCGACCUCAUGGGAUGGGCGAAACGCCAUUGUCGUCGCAGGGGAUAUUGCAGUAUACGCUGAGGGUGCUGCUCGCCCUGCGGGUGGUGCAGGCUGUGUUGCCAUUCUCAUCGGUCCUGACGCACCAGUGGUCUUUGAACCUGUUCACGGAAGCUACAUGUGCAACACAUACGACUUCUAUAAACCAAACCUUUCCUCCGAAUACCCUGUGGUGGACGGCCCCGUCUCAGUCGUAACAUAUAUCGCAGCUCUCGACGGCGCUUACACCGCCUUUCGCCAAAAGGCCGCCAAAGCCGCUAAACGGGCUGCACUUCGUGGCCCCGACUUGACAAACGAUGCGUCUUUCUCCCUCCAAAGCGUCGACUAUGCCCUUUUCCACAGCCCAUACGGCAAGCAAGCUGUCAAAGGCCACGCACGCAUGCUAUUCAAUGACUUCCUCAAUAACCCUAAAGCACCUCAAUUCGCCAAUAUCCCAAACGCAGACUCCUUCCUCGCUGCGACACAUGCUGAGUCACUCAAGGAUAAGAAUGUCGAGAAGACGUUCAUUGCCGCGUCAAAAGCGUCGUUCAAGCAGAAGACCGAUCCCGGAAUGUCCUGCUCGCGGCGCCUCGGAAACACGUAUACUGGGUCGCUGUACGGCUGCCUCGCCUCGUUGCUGUCCAACGUCGAAUCCACAGAGCUUCAAGGAAAGCGCGUGAGCUUGUUCUCAUUUGGCAGCGGUUUUGCCUCCAGCUUCUUCACUCUCCACGUGAAGGGAGAUCCGUCGCAGAUUAGCCAGAAGAUGAACCUCCUGGAACGGCUUUCGAGCAUGAGAGUGGUUCCUCCUCAGGAGUUCAUCAAGGCUUUAGAACUCCGGGAGAAGAACCACAAUGCCGUAAAUUACACCCCCGAGGGACUUGUCGAAAACAUUUGGCCCGGUGCUUAUUACCUUGAAAGCGUUGAUUCCAAGUACAGGAGAAAAUAUGUUAGAGCUCCUUUUUGA